AUGUGGAGAAUCCUCAAGACCAAGUGUAUCCUCCAAGGUAUCCACAACAACAAAGACCUCCUUACCAAUCUCAAGGAAGUCAAUUUCAGCCAAGGCAAGGAUAUGAGCAGAGAUCAUCAUAUCCGCCCAAGGAGCCAUAUGCUUCUUCACCAAAUCAAGCUCCUCCAAACCAACAAGGUGGGAGAUUUGAAGGAAUCCUCCAACAGAUCAUGGAUGGCCAGAAGAGAAACAAAAGAGAUGUAUGAGAAGAUGGACACUUUGUUCAGCAAUCUCAACACCAAGUAUGAUGCUGUUGCCACUCAUGUGAAGAAACUAGAGACUCAAGUCACCAAACUAUGGAAGCUGUUAAGAGACAGGAAGCUGAAUCCAAGAAGUCCUUUUGCAACUCAGCCGCCAUAG